AUGUUUUGGAAAGCACAAGUCAUUAUUCCGUUAUACGUCAUACACAUCCCCAGUCUCUACAAAUGCGGAGACUUUCCAGACUGCAAAGACAGUUUUGUGGAAACGGGACAAAGUUCUCGGCAAAUUUGCAACAGUGGCCCAAAGCUUGGUCAAAAAGAAGAUGAAGGAACGGCCGAAACCGGGUCAGAUGACGUUUUAGGAGCUCAUCUCUCUACACAUGCAGAACAAGACAUCCCCAAGGAAGAAACUCGUUCUCUAGCUUCUACGCCUGGUGACCAAAAUACUCCAUUGACACCAAAAGAUGAAGAGAUUUCCAGGGGAUCUACCGCAAAAGAACCCCUUUUCGUACAUCCUCAGGAAGGACAGAUGGACCAGUCUACGAAAAAAUUACCUUCCUCAAUUCUAGACCUGGCGAAUAUCGAUAGUAGUACCAUCUAUCCACCUAAAACCAUCGUAAACGAUAGCAUUGCUACAUACUAUUAUCCAGCGAAAAAGGGGUUUGAAAGGAUCGUGGAUGGAGAAGAGACAAUAUGGAAGGGCGAGAAGGAAGAAAAGUGCGUAGUCGCCUACACAAUUUUGAAGGGAGAUAAAACGAUUUUAAUUCUCUUGAUAAGAGGUGAUAAAGAGAGUAAUUUGGUCUACUACCGCAGGGAUUCUGGAGGAUAUUGGAGUAGACUAGAAAGGGAAAAGCGAAAUGUGCCCAUUUAUCGAGCCAUCAAAUUGGACAUUUCUAGUCUUUACCCAUUUGCAUUCAGCAUUUUACAAUAUACAAGGGGUCUAAUUUGCACCAAAAAGUAUACAGCUAAAGCCGGGUAUCGCAUUGACGAGGUUAGAGAUGGAGAUUCUGAACUUUGGAAAUCCGAUUCUCCGGACAAACAUUGCACACUAGCCACGGUACACCUUUGUGACAAUUCACCAAAACUUGCCACUUUGAUUAUAAACCAUUCCGGUAAUACGAUAGAACUGCGUAGAAGGAAAAGGAAUGGGAAAUGGGUGGAUGCGAGUGAGGAGAGGUACGGCAAAUUUCUUGAGGGAAUAGAGAAAACAGCUUCAUUGCAAGAGCCUAAAAAUGUCCAACUAGAUAUCGAUAACGUGGAUUCGAGCAUAUUUGCUGUAGAGUCUACCAAAGAGAACGGUGUGGCAAUCAAAACAUUUUUUGCAAAGGCUGGAUAUCACUUAACAAGAAUAGUCCAAACUAUCAUGCCAAUUUGGACGAGUGUAUACAAGAGGGAAUUGUGUUUAACAGCAUCCUUUUACUUUGGUAAAAAUGGGCCGGUCGCUGCCGCAGUCAGAUACAAGGACAAGAAUGGUAAGAGGUUUAAAGGGUUGCGCAUAGUGUAUGACCACGGAUGGAAAGUUGCGGGAAAAUCUGACUUUUACAAUGUUAUAGAUAGGAUAAAAUGUAGAUCAGAUUCUCCAGAGCCAUGGACAACCGUUAGACCACAACCACUACCCCCUCCACCACCUCCUGAUCCGGUCGCUCUUGACAUCUCAAAACCGGACUUAUCCAUCUACAAGCGCUUUGACUACCACUUAGAUUCUAUUCCCACGACCUUUAUACUUCCACAACGCAAUGUAACAAUUACCAAGGUGAUUAACGGGGAUGUUACUGUGUGGACCCCCGAGGGAACUCAGAAAUUUUAUUACGCCAAAUUGUCCUUCAAGGACGGAAUACCCAAAGUAGCGCAAAUAGUUUCGGAGAUUGAUGCAAUAUAUGCACAACACCAGUACUACAAGUUCAAGGGUGGAGUAUGGAAGGAACUAAAAAAGUUUAAUGACGAGAUUGAAAACUUGAAAAUAAAGACGAUAAAGAAGGGCAACUUUGCAAUCAGAAUUGAGGUGGAAGAGAGCAACCAAGAAUAUAAAAUAUUUGAGACUGGCUUCGGGAAUAUACCCGCCCGUUCCUACGUUCCCAAUCCAGGGUAUCAUGCCAAAGAAAUCAAGUUUGGCGAAAGAGUAAUAUGGAAGGCUAGUGGAAACUACAAGAGAUGCAUAAGAUGCACCGUAUAUUUUAGAACUACGCCGUAUAUUCUCUUGAUUGUUGUAAGAAAAUCUCGAGGUACAGAUACCCUGUAUUUUGAGAAGGUCGGUUUUAUUUGGGAGCCAAGAACAGCAGGGGAAUUCUACACAAGGUUAGGAGAUUAG